AACAAUAUCUGGACCGAGGAAAAAUCUUCCUGAAUCAUCACAGGAAGAUAAUCUAAGGUUUCCUUAAGCUGCUAAAAUGGAUCCGGCAGCAAGAAAUCUUUACAGAGCUACCUCACCGGAGUAUAUGGAAGACGGUACUCCAAAAGUAACAAUUCCGAGUCAUGUCUUGUUGCAAGGUAUUGAGAAUCAGAAGGAAUAUGUUUUAGGUCAGUUCUAUAGAUGUAGUCCUCCUCCUAAUGGCUUGAUUCAUGCAGUGUUAAAUAGAAUUUGGGGUAGAAAGUGUAAGAUCUUUAUGCGCAAGUUAGAUGGUUCAAGAUUUCUCUUCCAUAUCCCAGAUGCUUCAACCAUAGCGUGGGUUCUCCAAAGAGGAAUAUGGCAUGUUGAUGAUUGUCUUAUGUUUGUUGCUCCUUGGUCUGAUGCAGAAACAUUUGAUCUCCUAGAGAUAUCAACUAUUCCUGUCUGGGUAACACUCAAAAAUAUACCACACAGGUUGUACUCAAUUCCAGGAAUUAGUCAUAUUGCAUCAGGUUUAGGUGCUCCUAUGGCUACGUAUAAACCAAGACUUGACCCUUCCUUAAUGGGGGAGGCCAAGAUAUUGGUGGAAGUGGAGCUGAGUAAAGCUUUCCCUCCUAGGAUUGCUGCAGCUGACAAAAGGGGUAACAUUUCUAUGGUGAAUGUUGAGUAUGCUUGGAUCCCAGCGGUUUGUGGAGAUUGUGGACAGUUAGGGCAUAAGGCCUCCCGCUGUUUGCACCCCCAUCUGCCGAAUGAAAAAAUUACUCAGCUGGUUUCAAAAGAUGUCACCGCUCCUACUAUUGUAAGUAUUUCUAGUCUCUGUGCUUUGGUAUCACCAAUCACUCUUCCAUCUGAGCCUCCAGUUGCUCCUAUUACCACAACCACAAAAAUCCAACUCGAUACAGCUCUAGCAGUUGAUGCUAGCCAAAUCCAAGUCAUAGAGGAAAGCACCGAGGUGGCAGAUUGUCAUACAAUUGUUGAAGCUGGAAUUGUAACUGAGGCUGUUUACUCAGUUGAAACAGUUACUGAAAUAGCAGGCUCACAUGAACAUGCUCUUAGUGAACGUGAGGUAAGACAUGUCAUGACUAACAACAGGUUUAACCAUUUGGGGUCUUCGUUUUCAGAUGGAGAGUCACUUGAGUCAGAUGGAGAUUCAAUUGAGUCCGAUGAUUCCGACACUGAGUCGAGAAUAUUGGAUCAAAUGACUCCGGCUGGACAAUGAAUUUUGCGUGAAAGACCAGUUCAACCUUCCAUCAAAGCUAAGGAGAUACAAGAAUCUUCUAAUGCUCGAGGAAGGGGUAACCGAGGACGUGGGAAUCGUGGACGCGGGAAUCGUGGACACGGGAACCAUGGGCGUGGUUAGUUGUCCUGUCAUGAAGAGAUAAGAAGCUAACCGAAGCGGAAGAUUCGGUUACCAACUUUAUUCUACUUGUAAUAUGGGCAUCUGUUUGUAUUAAUUUCUUGUUUUUAAGAACUGUAUGACUUAGCACAGUCAUG